UCGACGUUUUUAUUCCAAUUUAUGACACUUGCUCUAUGUACUACGAGAGAUGUCCGUAAUUUUAAUAACCAAGCACAAUGAGAACAUUUACAAUAUUUAUAAAGCACCCAGUGAACCAAAGAAACAACCGUUCAAAUCGAAAUUUAGGGAAAUUACCGAGGACAAGCGGUUACAAGUACAAUCGCAUAUCCAGCAAAAGGAACAUGCCACGAUGGGGGUACCCGAAGUAGAACCGCCCGAUCCUCAUAAUUAUCUUAAAAACGAACAGGAAAACCUUGUUAUCUUGGUAAAGAAGUUAUUAAAAGAGAAAAAGUUAAAUUAAAAAUGGAUGUACCAAAGCUAUCUGAAUGCUUAAAAGCGUACAAACCUGCAAAGCCUUCUAAAAACUUUAUAGUUGAAAAUGUCAAAACUGUCCAUCAAAUGAAACCUAAGGAACCAAUACCCACAGUAGUGAUAGAUCGGCAAGGUAACAAACAACCCCUAAAAGCAGGCCUGGAACCGAUCUACAUAAAAAUCCCACCGUUUGGCAAGACGCCCACAUAUCUAAAGCGAUUCAUAGACCAAAAAGAAAAAGAAUACCAGAUGAAGAAAGACGCCAGCGGAGUAGAACAGCCUUUAUGCAAAUACAUAACGAGAGAUCAAAGAGAGGCAUUACUGAGCGGUCUUAAACAAAACUGGGAAGAACUCCAGCAACAAUAUCAGGGACUUCCGAUUUUAACGGACACCAUACCCAAAAUUUUACGAAAAUCCAAGAUGGAGGCAGAUCUUAAGCAGUUAGAAAAAGACAUUGUUCUAUUAGAAAGACAUCCGUAUAUUUAUGUUUAUGAGGACGAUGAAAUACAGUAAUUUUUAGUUAAA